UAUACAAUAUAAUUUUUUCAGGUGCAAAUAUUUACAGAGCUUCAUAAUCAGCCCAAGACCACAUAGAGCAAACAUGAAUGAUAUUUCCCAAAAGGCUGAGAUUCUGCUUUCUUCAUCUAAACCUGUCCCAAAAACCUAUGUACCAAAACUUGGCAAGGGUGAUGUAAAGGAUAAGUUUGAAGCCAUGCAGAGAGCCAGGGAAGAAAGAAAUCAAAGGAGAUCUAGAGACGAAAAGCAAAGAAGAAAAGAACAAUAUAUUAGAGAGAGAGAAUGGAACAGGAGAAAGCAGGAGAUUAAAGAAAUGCUUGCUUCUGAUGAUGAGGAAGACGUAUCUUCUAAAGUAGAAAAGGCUUAUGUUCCAAAAUUAACAGGAACUGUUAAGGGUAGAUUUGCUGAAAUGGAGAAACAAAGACAAGAGGAACAAAGGAAGAGAACGGAGGAGGAACGAAAACGCAGAAUUGAGCAGGAUAUGUUAGAAAAGAGGAAAAUACAGCGUGAAUUAGCAAAAAGGGCUGAGCAGAUUGAGGACAUAAACAAUACGGGAACUGAAUCAGCAUCAGAGGAAGGAGAUGAUUCACUACUUAUAACUGUGGUACCUGUUAAAUCAUAUAAAACAUCUGGAAAAAUGAAAAAGAAUUUUGAGGAUCUAGAAAAAGAACGUGAAGAGAAAGAAAGGAUCAAGUAUGAGGAAGAUAAAAGAGUAAGAUAUGAUGAACAACGACGAUCUCUCAAGGAAGCAAACUGUCUUUCAUUAGUUAUGGACGAUGAACUAGAAAGUGAAGCAAAAAAAGAAUCACUUUCUCCUGGAAAAUUGAAACUAACUUUUGAAGAACUGGAGCGACAAAGACAAGAAAACCGAAAGAAGCAAGCUGAAGAGGAAGCAAGGAAACGUUUGGAAGAAGAGAAGCGUGCUUUUGAAGAAGCAAGGCGGCAAAUGGUAAAUGAAGAAGAGGAAAACCAAGACACAGCAAAAAUUUUUAAAGGGUACCGCCCUGGUAAACUCAAACUCAGUUUUGAAGAAAUAGAAAGGCAAAGAAGAGAAGAUGAAAAAAGGAAAGCAGAAGAAGAAGCCAGAAGGAGAAUAGAGGAAGAAAAGAAGGCAUUUGCUGAAGCAAGGAGAAACAUGGUAGUAGAUGAUGACUCCCCAGAGAUGUAUAAGACAGUCUCUCAAGAAUCUCUUACACCGGGAAAACUGGAAAUUAAUUUUGAAGAAUUAUUAAAACAAAAAAUGGAAGAAGAAAAACGACGAACAGAGGAAGAACGGAAGCAUAAGCUAGAAAUGGAGAAACAAGAAUUUGAACAACUGAGACAGGAAAUGGGAGAGGAAGAGGAAGAAAAUGAAACAUUUGGACUGAGCAGAGAAUAUGAAGAACUGAUCAAAUUAAAAAGGAGUGGCUCUAUUCAAGCUAAAAACCUAAAAAGCAAGUUUGAAAAAAUUGGACAGUUGUCUGAAAAAGAAAUACAGAAAAAAAUAGAAGAAGAGCGAGCAAGAAGGAGAGCAAUUGACCUUGAAAUUAAAGAGCGAGAAGCAGAAAAUUUUCAUGAGGAAGAUGAUGUUGAUGUUAGGCCUGCAAGAAAAAGCGAGGCUCCAUUUACUCACAAAGUGAAUAUGAAAGCUAGAUUUGAACAAAUGGCUAAGGCAAGAGAAGAAGAAGAACAAAGAAGAAUUGAAGAACAAAAGUUACUACGCAUGCAGUUUGAACAAAGGGAAAUUGAUGCAGCACUACAAAAGAAAAGAGAAGAGGAGGAGGAGGAAGAAGGUAGCAUCAUGAAUGGCUCCACUACUGAAGAUGAAGAGCAAACCAGAUCAGGAGCUCCAUGGUUCAAGAAGCCUCUUAAAAACACGUCAGUUGUAGACAGUGAGCCAGUCAGAUUUACUGUUAAAGUAACAGGAGAACCCAAACCAGAAAUUACAUGGUGGUUUGAAGGAGAAAUAUUGCAGGAUGGAGAAGACUAUCAAUAUAUUGAAAGGGGAGAAACUUACUGCCUUUACUUACCAGAAACUUUCCCAGAAGAUGGAGGAGAGUAUAUGUGUAAAGCAGUCAACAAUAAAGGAUCUGCAGCUAGUACCUGUAUUCUUACCAUUGAAAGUAAGAAUUAAUCACCUUUUAUCUUUUAUUCUAUUAAUUUUUUUUUUUCCUUAAAAUCACUUUUCUUCUUCUCUUUUUUAGCUGAUGACUACUAGCUCCCCUUCCCUCUCCUUGGAACUUACUUUCACUCCAGCUUUCUUACUACAUCCAUCUUUUCUGUGGUGGGGCCAAAAAAGGAAACCAGGAGUGCCACUAUGUUGACUUCUUAUUCCUUUUCGUAACAGUCUUCAAAACACAGCUCAUCUAAAGAAUGCCUUCUUCUUUUCCAAAUAAGCAUCAGAUUUAUCGCCUAUUAUGCAGUAACAGUCAAUAAAAUGUACUUACUGGGGGCGGGGGGGGAUUAAUUAUUCUGUCAGAACCUAUUAUAAAGGCUGUGUAUUUCCCAUAGACGUUUACAGCAACUAUGUUAAAAACACACACACACACCCCUAAGUAGAAUACAUUAUUUUGCAUGAAGCAAUGGCAUUUCUGAGCUUUUUACACCUAAAAUUAGGCUGAAAUAGCUGAGAUAAUUAAUUUGGAACCUAUCAAUUUGAGUGGACUUUUUCUUUAGUAGUAUACCAUUUUGGUGGUUGUUUCAAAGUCUUUCUGAAGCAGAUAUAUUGAAGCGGGGUGGGGAAAAGUGUCACUCCUUUUAGAGGAAAAGGGGAGGAGCAUGGAGAAAAACAAAAAUUAAAGGACUUUUAAAAAAGACUGCCUAUACAGUGUUGAGUGUUGAGGAUAUUAAACAUGUUAUUUUUCGAACGUAAUAUAUAAUUAAAUUUAUAAAGCAAAUUUAUGUGAUCUUGCCUGAGCAAAUUAUAUUUUAAUAAAAAAACUUUGUAUUAAUAGUCCACAGAAGAGAAAACACUUUCAACAUAGCUGAAGGUUUCAAGAUCUAAGUGUAUCAGACUUAGGGAAAAAGUGGAACAACCUUCAAUUUAAAAUUCUAGUCUUUAAAAUGAAUUUGUAAAUAAUUAGCUAUUAUGUUCUAUUAAGUUUUAUAUUUUAAUUUUCUGGAAGACAAUUUUAUUUUACAAUGUGAACCCAAAUAAAGUAACUUCUGUAUUUAAAAGUCUUCCUGUAUUUUAAGACUUGUGCAACCAGAUGGUACCCCUUUAUCAUUAGAACUUUUAAAAAAUCUUUUCUUACAGUAAGCAUUAAAAAAAAACCCAGUCAAGUAGAAAAUUUUACCAAGUAAUAUGUGUAUAAAAAAACACAAAGCACUCCCUUAUAAUAUUCAUCAAUGUACAUUUAUUUAUUGAGGAAACCAUAAUGAAUACAAAAUUACAGCUAUCAAGUGACCUUUUACAUACAAUGUCAUUAAAGCAAACUCUAAACCACAGUUUGUAAAGUAUUCAAUUUACCUCAAGUCCAAGCUGCAUCUCCCUAAGACACUGUUCCCAUCACAGUAGCCAUUUUAAGCCAAUCUUCUUUUUACACACGGGUAGUUUCUGUAGAGAACAUUUUUCUCAGGACGAAAAUGCAUUGAGCAUGCAUAAGAAAAAAUAUAUAUAUAUGCGCAAAUACAUUUAAGAGUUUCUAUAGGGGUAUCACUGAAGAAAAUAAAACCCUGGGAUUUGCUUAUUAAAAGCACCAAUUUAAAAAAAUCCCUCAAAAGCUUAUAUUGUGACAAGAAAAAUGAAGUCACUAACUCAACAAAAAAUAAGGUUAUUUUCAGAACCAAAAUUAUCUUUAAUUAGGUAUUGUUAAAAUGCAUUUUAAAGUGAGGCAGAGUUUGCAGAAAAUAAAAACAAGACAUCCUCACUGAUUAGUAAACUCUACAUCAUUAUUCUACACAACAGAUAACUUUCUAAGUAGAGCUGAUUUUACUGGCAGAGUAUUCAAACAAAUAAAAUGCUAUCACUUCUGAAUUACUCCCCUUUCCCUCUGAAGGUACUCUGCUAUUCCUACCCAAACCCACCCUUAUGAAUUAACUACUAAGAUAAUUUGUUUAAAAGAUAUAUUUUACAAUGUUUAUAAACAACUAGUAUUAAAUUACUAGUUUUAGUAUUAAAACCAUUUUUGAUAUUAAAAAAUAAAACUAUACUUCUCAUUUCUAAAAGAAACAUCAAACCAUAGAAUUCUAAGUAUCACCACACUAAGCUGUCUUAAAAAAAAACUAAAAACAUUGUCAAAUUUUUGUUUAAGUGCUAAAUAAAGUCAGUUCAAUUUCAAUCUAAACUAUACAUUGUUUCUAACACUAAUAUCCAAUGCAUUCAAAUCAACUGGCUCACCUUUUCUGCUUUCCAUUUAUUUCAGAUGUAAGACCAGCGUCAUUUAAAAUAAUGCUUAUAUUAUCAGUGAAGGCUUAUGGUAAUGAAUAAAAGAAUUCUCAUGAGACAGAAACAGUGCCCCAAUAUCUAUUAUCAUUCAUCUAUCUAUAUUUUUUUAAUAAAAAUGCAAUCUACAACUAACCAAAACUCGACAGGCUCUCAAGUUUCAAUGAGUCCCUUUAUAUUUACAUACCUAUCAUUGACUAUGAAAACAUAACAUACACAUAAAUGUGGUGUAAUAACUAUGUAACUUAAGAAAUUUAACAGUUCAUGGAACAUUUAAGAUCAAGUGAAUAGCACUUUAAAAUGAAAAGUGAUCAAAAGCAGGUACAUUACACCCUAUACCAUAUUAUGUAUGGGAAUACAUUUCAUAUUUCUCAAUUAUGAUUUGCCAAUUUUACCUUCUACAUUGAGCCCUUCUAUGGUCCAUGCUCAUCGGCUCACCAAUGGCAUACACUCAAAGGAUUCCUCUUUAUGGGUAACUAUCUCAGGACCUGAUUUUAUGAGCUAUGAUUUGGUGCUUGCAGCAUCUUCAGCACUGUGUGUGAAAAUGAAGGCAGUAUUUUUGAAUAUUUUUCUUUGUUGCAGAGAUAAGCAGGAGUUUUAAAAGGAUCAGCACAUUUUAGAAACUGAAUAAACAAAACUGAUAAGAUGCUGCUUUCAUACAUUCAUCUUAACUCAAAAUAUGUACCAGUUAAAUAAACAAAACUGAUAAGAUGCUGCUUUCAUACAUUCAUCUUAACUCAAAAUAUGUACCAGUUAAAAUCAUCUAUAAAAACACACAAACAUUUUAAACUGGCAAAAAAAUUAUAUAAAUGCAGCGUCAGUUAUUAAAAUAUUAUUAAAUCAGAAAAAUACUGAUUGCUACAGAUUAUGAAAGGUUAUUUGCUGUACAGUUAACAUUUCACUGAUGCACAUGCCUUUUAUCAAAACAUACUGCCUUGUAACUUUUUCCUUUUUCAGCAUAUAACUUUUGUCUCAGAAAAAAAUCAUAAUAAAAUUGUAACCCAUAAUAUCCUUACUGAAUUAUUAUAGUUUAAGAAAAAAAUAAAGAAAUUAUAGUUUUGGAGGGCAAAGAAAUUUUCUGUCCAUCAUAUAAAACAGAUUGUGAAGGCUGUUGAAGUUUCUGAACAAGUGAUUUCCUAAAUCUUGAAAACUGUGUAAUUGUCCUUUCUUAAUCUUAACACUUCUAUAUUUGGGGAAAAAAUACAAAAAGAUUUGGAUGUAGAUCAAUUACUGCAGCAAUCUACUCAUCAUUUUCUUGUCUUAAUAAAAAAAAAAAAAAAGUAAAAUAAAAAACAUUACCCAGAAAUGUAAACAGUUGCUUUAACAACUUACAGACUUUCCACUAAGAUGGUAGCAUAAAAUAACAAAAUACAUUUUGGGGAAGCAGUAGCAGAUUGCCUUUGAAUACACAACCACAAAAACCUCACAGGGACAACAUUAAUGUACUGAAAUAUUUAUUUAUAUAUGUCCUUAGGUUGUGCUUACCUGGUGCUUUUUGCAGCAGAACCUAAGGUGGAAGGUCUGGGAAGGCACUGUGAAGUAUAAAUAAUUGCACUGUUUGCAAUUAAUAAAGAUUUUAAACCUUAAAUGAAUCAAAAUCAACAGCCUCCAAUUUGUGAGUUAUGAUACUGAAUUCAACUGAACUACUUCUUCAGUUCAAUUAAUAAAUGCACCACUUUCCUAAAAGGUCAUCUAUAAAACAGUAUCAUGCAAAAUACUGCAAUUGCUCACGUCAAUACCCUACUCUUAAAGAUAACAAAUAGCUAACUCCUUAACUAUUAAACUUCAAACUAGAACUAUAUAUCCAGAUCUAAAUAAGGGUAAGGGAAGUCACUCUAGGUUAUAUAAAACAAUCAAAAACAUUUCAAAAUAUCUAUAAUGAACUGUACUGCUAUUUCCAUCCUGUAGGUAAUCUCAACAUUUAUGUCCUUGUACCUCUUCCUUUAAAGUAUAUUCAAAACAACAAAUGGUGCUCCCCACCAAUGACAAAAUAUAUAUUUAUGAAAUGUGUUAAAAUUGCUACAUUGCUCAUUAUUUGCAAACUGAAAUCCCCUUCUGUCUGAUACAUUUCAAGACUUUCAUAUUAAAUAUAGAAUAUAUGCAUAUUUUACACUGAAAAACAAUAUUUCAGGAGCACCAGUGAAUAAUACUAUUCAACUUUGUUAAGUAUCAGUUUUCUUUAGCUAUAGCUAAAGCAUAUAAAAAAUACUUACCCAUUAAGCUCACUUUAAAAAAAAUACAGAACUAUGUAUUAUUCUAUGUUAAAUUAAGAAGCAGUUAUGGUUUUCCAAGAUAUCAGCACUGUAUUCCAACAUAAUAUUCACACAAAGUAUGGCAUUUGCAUUAUGUGGAACAUUGACAAAAAGAUACUGUUGCAGUUCAUCAAUUUGUCAUUCUGAUGUACUUACAGUGCAAUGCUCCUUGAAGGAACACAAUCAAGGAUGAUACACAGCACAGUCCUCCUCACCCCUACAGAGCUAGUUCUAUACUGGCUGGAUCAAACCUGCACUUCAACAGACAAUGGCAAGACAGACUGUAUUUGCAUGUAGUCUAAUAUAUUAAUAUGCAAAGAGCCAACAAAUAUGCAAAGAGUAAAACAAUGGAUUUCAACAAAAUAUCAGAACUUCAGCAUGAGUGUUAAAGAGUAAUAAAAUGACUUCAAGUACAUAAAAAAAUUAAGUUGAUUCAAUGAUUGGACUUGUGCAUUUACAAAACAAAGCUUAUCUAUACUGCUUAAAGAAAAAAAAAAAAGCUUGAACGUUUCCAUACCCCAUUUAUGUUUCAAUGGCAGAUGCAAUGUAGCUAUACUUUUUGCACACUAUUCACUUUUCUAUCCUAAAUUUAGAAAGAAACAUACUAUUAUAUACAUUGAAAGAGUUGCUUUACAUGGAAAAAAAACUGUUCUUAUUAGACUACUCAUAUUCACUAUCUGAAAACUGUUUAAAAUUAGUUAUGCCGAAACAGUCUUGGAAAUCAAGUAUUAUCAAAUUAAGAACAGAAAGGUUAACUGUUAUAGCAGCAGUACAGGUCUGAAACAGUGGUCAUGUAUAAAAAGGAAAUUUCACUGUUAAUGCAAUGGAAGUAUGCCAGAAGAUCAUUGUACACACAUGCAGUUUUUAAUCAAACAGAAGGAAAAAAAAUGAAGAUACCAGGAUUACUUGUGCUGAAAGAGCCAAAUACAAUAAAUGGAAAAGAUCCUCCAAUCUACCACUAUACUGCAAGGGGGGAAAAACAUGCCAGUGUUUAAAAACUCAAUAUUUCAUGGGGAAAGCUUAUAUAUUUGUGUAUAUGUAUCUUAAUUUAUCAUUGCUAAGAAAUUAUGAAUCCUUUAAAUACCCACAUAUCCAACUUACCGACACAGGAGGUUUCAUAUCAUUUAUUGUAAAGCACAAAACAGGCAUUUUAAAAGUGAAAGUAUACAUUGAAAAAGUACAUUUAUAUCACAAAGCAUCAACCACAUAAUUGCAAAUACAUUUGCUGGAAUGUGUACAUCUACACUAAAUACUAAAAACAAACCAAUUUUCAUUUCUACACAGAAAUAUUAACCUCCUAUCAGUAGUGAUAGAUAUUUUGUACAUUUGCAAAAAAAAAA